AUGAGCGGUAGCGACAGGAGCAGUGGCGACUGCAGUGAAAACAGCAGAAGUGGGUCUCCGGAUGCUUGCAGCGUGACGAAUAAUGUAGUUUCCCCAAGUCCCAGCAUCAGCAACUACAACAGGGAUAACAGAAGCAGUUGCAUUGCCCGUUCGCCCCUUUCUGACGUCCCAGAUGUUCUUUUAGCAUCAAUCUUGCGUUUUCUACCCCAGAAUGAGAGAAUCAAGGUUGGAUCGCUCGUGUGCAGAAGAUGGCUAGGUCUAAUAAGGAGCCGUCUGUGUCUAUCGGACACGAUGAUCCACGUCUCUCCCCCCGUGUACCGGCAGCUGCCAUCAGAAGCAAUUCGGGCUUGUAUAAGGACAAUAGCUAUUCAUAGCCGGCAUGCGGAGCUGGUCAUAAAUUCCGUGGAUCCUAUGGCCAUGGAAAAUGGAGAGUUUCCAGACCUUCUAUUUCUUCGCUCUUUGUUUAAGGAGCUAUCGGAGAUUCGUUCCAUUAGUGUAUCAGUCGGGUGUCCAUUGACUGCACGAAUGCUUGGAGAUGCAUUUGCUGGCGUAGUGCAGCGCAGCGCAACGACACUAGUGUCCCUAGAGAUCUGGGAGGCAGAAUUAGCAGAGGCCACUUUAACGGCUUUGGCAGCGACGCCGCCUCCUUGGGACACGUGUGAUGAGCAUGCGAAAGAGUUGGGCGACGCAUUUCUUACCACAGCCGCGGCACUAGAAAGCACUGUUGGCCCGCAUGUUACUCGAAGAGACCACUGUGCAACUGCUCGGCAACUCAUGAGCAGACCACAGGCAUCUGGGGGCAUGCUCUUGGCUACGGCGCAGGUCCUGAGAGAACGUAUGCAACGAAGCACGUGCCGCAGCAGUUUGAACUCAUUCGAAUCGGAAGCAUCAGGGGGUGGACAACAACAGCAACAGCAGCAACGGGAGCGGCAGAUGAUUGAUUUUCAAGAGAGUUACUGCCGAACUAGCGAAGGCCACUUAACCCACCAACACGAGCGAAGCGGAGGAUGCGUUGAACUUUCGUGCACCUCGGAUAUCUGGAGGGAGUGGCGCAAAAGAACCCACAGAAGUGAGCUUCGCUGCAGGAUUGCUGAAAUCGAAAAUUGUUGUUGUUGCGUAUCUUCAGCAGAAAUCGCCUUAAGGGUUUGGCGCAAGUUCGAAGGCAUUCGUCUUAUACUACCGCAGCUGAAAAGCCUUGUGGUGGGGAGCUGGCGGCUGCUCCAACUGCUGCAUUGCCCCAACUUGGAGGAGCUGAACCUCACCAGCAAUACAGCAACGCGGUACCAAGAUACACCCAGCCGACUGCAGCAGGAACGGCAGCGACAGCAACACCAACAUCAGCAACUGCAGCAGACCCUAUUGCAUCGUGAACAGUCAGGUUACUCGCACCUCACUUCGGCAUUAGAAGAGUGGGCAGGUCGCUUGUCGGGUCCCGGUGGAGCACGUAGUGCGCCUGCGCCUUCAGCUGAUGCCGAGUCUGCGCUGCAGGAGUUGCUGCAUUUUCUGCUUCGCAGCGGCUACAACAUUCGGCUGCUCCAGGGGAGUUAUACUGUGGGAGCUCUGAAUGAGUCACUGCUGCAUUCAGUUGCAUCUGCUGGCAACAUUCUGACUAGCUUGAGUGAUCAAGCGCCUCGGGCACCACAUAUCAAGGCAAGACUCCGCCAUCUCUUGGCAGCAACAGCGCCGCCUGUACGAGCUAAAAGGGGCCAGCGGCAUGGGCGCAGGAGCUUCGUGCCUGCGUCCCUGUCGACUGCUGAUAUCUACGAUCCCUCUUCAGUGCCCCAAAGCACUGUCUUCGACCCAGCCAUGACGCAGGCGUGCGGCUCGCUUUCCCCGACUGCAACCUCCUCGCUUGUGUCUGGAUGUAUAGCCGCAACUAACGCUAGCAAGCUGGCAGCGGGGACCGCAGCAGUGCAGACCGCAUCGGCAAAGGCCUCAACAGCUCACGAAGCCGUUGACAAUGUGCUCUCUGCGGCAGCGGGUUUAUGCGCUGCAGUAGGAAAUGGCUGCCGUCACGUUCGGCAUCUCCCAAACGAAUGCUGUGCUGUUCCUUGUGCUUGGGGCUCGGGAGGGGAGUUGCUGUUGGUACUGUUGCCGAGACUGCGAGCUGUACGGACUUCAGAUUUCAUGCUGCUGAGUUGUCUGCUGUUGCCACGGUUAGAAGAGCUGAGACUUCCAGAAACUUGGGGCUCAGUUGUCAGCAAACCCAUACCUGGUUUCUCGCUUCUCUGGGCAUACCUUUGCACUUACGGAAGAAGCCUACGUGUAUUGGAUGUGAAGGGUACAGCCCCACCUCUUGCCGCAUUUUUAGGCGCCGGGACGACAAGAGAGCCACUGCCGUUUCGCAUGCUGCCUUAUGAGGCUGUGGCAACUAAGGCCCUUCAGCGUGUCCUGCUUGUUCACCGUGCUCAUCCCCUAAUGGAUCCUGCGAGUCUUUUCAAAGCCGACAGAUGUGCUGGAACUUUUCCCGAAUGUGUUUCCACGAGUGCAGCCCCGACUGCUGCUGUUAGCGCAGGUAUUGCAGACCUAGCCGCACGUACAGUAUCUGAUAUAUGGCGCCGCCGCAGCACUUCAGUUCAGCAGCAGCGACCGCAGGCGCCUAGUGGGGAGCUCAGCGCUCAAAUAAGACAAAACGUGGACUUUGCGGAUGACCUAGUUGACUUAGAAGCGCAUCCAUUUCGGGGCGAGGAAAUUGCGUGGGUAUCCCAUCAACUCGUCACUGGCCAAGACUUAGAUCAGAAAGAUCUCACAUGUAGAGAACGAGAUGAUGGUAGUGCGAAGCCCCUAUUCGGUCUGAAGUUUGGCCAGUUGAAGCAGUUACAGUGUCAUUCGAGCUUCCUUCCCUACUUGGCAGAGCCUCUCCCGCAGUGUGGGGCGUUGCAGAGUCUCAAUACUGAAGGUGAUUCAGAUUCAGUGGUAUGGUUUGUAGCACUUCUUAAGAACAUUGAGAGGCUGUGCGUCAGAGAUCCUUGUCUAAAUUUGUCCCGACGGCGGUCUAGGAGCCCUCCUCUGGCCCUCGAAACUGAAGAUGAAGAGGUUCUCAGUUCAAAGAGUCGACCACAAGUCACCCUGCAAAUAAGGAAAUACGUGGGCACGGCCCUUUUUUUCACGCCGAAUCUUUCGUGUCCCAACCUGCUUGAACUUCAGGUGCAGCGCGGAGAUGAUGACUUUGACUCAUUUUUGGCAGGGGGAGGAGCUCGUAAUCUGCAGGUUCUACGGUACCAAGGCCGUCUCUUUGGAGGAACUGGGGCAUCCACCCCACGAACGCUUAUGGCAUCACAAGAACUACGAAUAAUUCGAAGUACCGAAAGGUCCACUCAGGACGCCCAUAAGCUUCUGCAGGCAUUGCGUCUCCCGUUGAACUUCUCACCUCUAGAAAGUUCACCCUUUGCGUGCUUGAGGGAGCUUCACCUGUGGACACUUGAUGCUAAGGUUCUCGUUCGUCUUGCCCUAGCCACUGCAGCUGCUGUAAAUCCGCUUUUGUCUCUGGCUUGGCAGCGCGUUCUUGAUAGCAGGAAAGCAGAGAGGCUACAGCAACUGCAGAGGAGAAAACAGCUUUCCAUGCAGCGUACACAAACGCAGCGGAACAACGAAGCUGCCCGCCUGCUUGUGCGCCAACGACGGCUGUACGAAGAAUAUAGUGCACGGCGUCGACGGUUGAAACGUCUGUCUGCCGCGGUAUCGGGCCGUCAAGCGCAAAUACACGGAACCAGUGGAGGAUCUGAGUCCUGCCAGCAACGUGAGCAUCAGGAGACACAAAGACGCCUCGCUCGCGAGCUGAGUAGCAUGCGACAGGAGCUGCAGCAGCUCCAGAGACGCCUAGAGUCGCUAGCUAGUGCCAAUUUUCGCAGCUCUGCUGGCAGCGCGGCACGGCAAGAGCAUCUUCAGCUGCAGCGCUACCAUCGAUUCCGGGAGAACCUUCAACGUCUGAGGAGGCUCCGCAGCCACCAUCAGCGGCUCGUGGCCCUGAGAAGACUCCUACAAAUCAGUGUGACAGAUGCACUCUCGUAUCCGUUGGAGCCCCUUUCAGGGGCAAGCGAAUUUCGACGGGUAGAUGAGUCUGAGGCGGCUCGGCGGAAGGUCAGAGCUCAACGAGGCCGGGAGGCUGACUUCGGCUGCAGCCGCAACUGGUGUUUCUGGAACUGCCACAGAGCUGUGGCUGCACUGUCGCAGCUAUUACCGCAGUUGCGUAGCUGCGUAGUGCAACAGCUUCGAGGAAAUGCAACGUCACUGCGGCUGCUACUGCGGGGACUGCCACGGCUUGAGCUAUUCGCGGUGGAGGAGAGUCCCAAGAGUCGCCUGAGGCAAAGACUACUACAACUAGCUGGCAACUUAGGCUUCACGGUACGUCGAGGCCCACUAGUUAUUCCGGCUCUUCACAGCAAUCUCGUUAACUGGGGUAGUUCUACAAUUUCAAGGCAAUUCAGGAUCCUCAGCCGAGCGCCUGCUGGAAGAAAAGCAGCGGCGGCAUCUGUGGCUGCAGCUGAAAUACUUGUUCGCGAGCUGUUAGAACGUUAUGCAAGAAACUCCUCUGGACAAAGCGAACACACAUCCCAGGCACGUAUGGAAAAUGCCACUGUCUCUAGCACUUCUUCAGCCCCUUCCAGAGAUACCUCCAGCAGUAUCUUCAGGCCUUUCCCUGCCCCCUGUUUGGCGCUCCUAGGACCUGUAGGAGCUGAUAGAGCAGCAGCGAGGACUCCAGCAGCGGACGCUCCAAUAUCGCGAAGCAACUCGGAAGACCAGCAAGUGACUGCCCUGAAGAAACGCACAGUGCCUCCCACGGAAGGCUUUCCUCCACACGUAGAGCCAGGCGUGUGCUUGCCUGGAUUGAGUGGCAGAGCGUGCGGCCGUACGGGUAGCGAUUACGGCACUGUUUUUCGAUCCCUGAGGUGCCGCAUUUACAGUAACAAGUGCUCGCGAGACUCAAGAUCUAGUGCUGUCACUGAGCCUGCCCCUAAACGACGGCGGCGAAGACGCAGAGCUGCAGAAACACCUACCGAAGUACUGCACCAAGACAUGCAGAUGCUGCGUGGUCUGGCUGAAGACCUAGAGGAGCAGCUGACGAGCUGA